ACAAAAAAAUCCCAUUUAACAAAAAAAUCCCGGGAGCAUCGCUAGGCAAAGAUGCAGCACUGAGCGCUCGCCAUCCAGCCCUCCCGCGCCAUUCCCGUGCGGAUUUGUCCGCCCUCCGCUCCCUCCCAGGCCAUGCUCCGGCGCACGGCCCCAACCUCCGUGCGCUCCGGCGAGGGAAAGCUUCGCUUCGCCGCCGGCGCAAGCCAUCGGGGGCGCAGGCCCCCGCCCCUAGGACCCAGCCCGGAGCGCUCCGACGAGGGCCGCCGCCCCGAGGACCCAGCCCCGGCGCGCUCCGACGAGGGCGAGCUUCGCCGCGGGCGUGGGCCGCCGCUGCGAGGACCCUGCCUUGCUUCGCCGUCGCGCCACCCUAGCCCUCGUCGGCGGCUGCAUGCUCGGAGGUCGCGCUCGGAUUUGGCCGCCCACCGCCGGAUCUGGCCGUGGUCACCCAGCUGCCGCUCCCACCUGGCCGGAUUUGGCCGCUCGCCGCCUUCAGAGCUGAGCUAGGAAAAUUGCAGUGGAGGAGCUGAGGUGCAUGGAAGAAUGGCACUAGACCAUCUCAUGAACGUCUGAUGUGUGUGGUUGUUUGUGUGUGGGGGUAAACUGAAUGAUCUAAGUCUGAUGUGUGUGGUUGUUUGUGUGUGGGGGUAAACUGAAUGAUCUAAAUCUUUUGACAUGCCAAGUUGAUGUAAUUUGUGACAUGUUAACAUCUUUUGACAUGUCAAAUUGAUAUAAUUUGUGACAUGCUGUCAAUUAUCCUA